AUGACUUCAAUGAAAGACUGCUUACAAGUUGAAGUCACUGGGGAUGCUGAUGCUGUUACCAGUGAAUUAUAUCUUGAAAAUACUAUUGAAAAUUCUGCAUUAUAUACAGUUGAAGAUAAUCAUGUUUCUUUGGUAUAUGAAAAUGUUGAAAAAUGUAUUGAGCUUGAAACUGAUAUGAUGGAUGAUUUCAUGUGGGGAAGGAGAAUCAAAAUUACCAAAGAAGUUGCUAACCAAAGUAAUAUGGAGUUACCCUUGGAAUAUCAGGAUUACACAGAUAAUAUUAACUUGAAUCCUGGAAAUACAAGUGAUAUAAUGUUUCAUUGUAAUAUUUGUGGAAAAAGCUUUGAUUAUAAUUAUCUGUUAAAAAUCCACAUGGCCGAACACAAAAAACAAGUACAUUAUAAAACUAAUAAAUGUAAAUUUUGUGGAAAACAGUUUAAGUUAAAAUUUGGUUUGAAUAGACACAUUCAAAAACAUCACAAUUCCAUGUGUGCAACAAUUGUAUCAACUGCUCCGCACACCAAUAUCCCGAACAAUGACAUUAUUUCAUAUCCAGGGCAAACUAAAAUCAUAUCGAAUACCUUGGAAAGAAAUGUUUUAGAUCAAAUUAAUUUAGCAAACAGCAAAGAAUCAAUAGUAUUGACUGCUUCACAAAACUCAAUGGCAAACAUCCUAAGUAUAAAGCAAAAAAAAGACUUAUUUACAAAUGUCAGAGAAAUAAACAGUUCAGAUGAAGUGGAUUCGGUAAAUAGCAAUGAAUCAGCUUUGGCAAACAAACCUCAUGAUUUAAUGGUGAAACAAUUCCCUACUAAUACAGCUAAUAAUAGUAUUGUAUCUAUAGUUAGAGACACGCCUUAUUUUUGUAUCAGAAAAUCGUCUAAUAUUGAACAUGGAUUUCGUAAUGAUGAUUAUGAUCAGACAUUACAAAACAAGCUUAUAUUUACAUGCAGAAUUUGUAAAAAUCCUCCAUCUACAGAUAUACAUUCAUUUGCAUUACACAUGAGUGAUCACAGGGAGUGUAAAAUGCAUGAAUGUAUUGUGUGCGAUAAAACAUUCAACUCUGUAGUUCUUUGGACAGACCAUAUGACCUAUCAUCAACAGCAAAUAGAUUUAAAUGUGUCAACAGUUCAGUUUAAUCUUUUUGAAAGUGAAUUUAAUACAUUUCACACUAAUAAUGUGAAUAUUGAACUUGAACCAAAUGUAAUCCAAAACAACAUAAGUAUAGAAGAUAACAACACUGAUUCUGCAACAACGUCAAUUAAAAAAACGAAUUACUGUAAUUUAUGUGAUAGGAAGUUUCGAAAGCACUGUUAUUUUACAAAUCAUAUGAUGAUAAGGCAUAAAAUAAAUACAAAUACACCAAAACAACUUACAUCAAUUGAUUGUAAUGAAUCAACCAUUCUGUCUGAAAAUAUAGAGUUGACUAAUGAAUCCGAAAACAAAUUAUCGGUUCCAGUAAAUAACAAAAAUUACAGUCUGAAUAACCAUGUUAAUAAAAGCAAUGAGAAGAAAUCAACAUUUUGUAUACUUUGCAACAAGCAUUUUGCACAUCUUGGUGCCCUAACCAAUCACAUGCGUAUUCAUGUAGAACAUCCCUGUGGUGUUUGUGAGAAAAAAUUCUCUACUAAAUUAAAAUUGAAUCUUCACCAAAAGUCACAUUCAAAACUAAAGAUUGAUUCUAUAGGUCAAGAUAUAAUAAAAUGUCGAUAUUGCAAAAAAGAAUGUAACUCGAUAUUUCAGUGGAAAAAUCAUAUGAGCAAAGAAUGUCGUCGCCAUUGUAAAAGUUACCUUCCAAAGUUUACAUCAAAUAAAACGUAUUUGAAUACCGGUUCACAAAAAUCCAAAUUAAUGGACAUAAUUCAACAAAAACCAGCGAUUAUUAAAAAACGAAAUAGAAGUAAUCACAUUAAUGGUGCUAAAUGUGAGUUAUGUGGUAAAAUAUACUGUAAUAAAUAUAAUUUAACUCGCCACGUAUCCGUGGUUCACAAAAAAACUUAUAAACCUGUGACCUGUAAUGUUUGUGGAAUUACAUUAAAAAACAAAUUUUCUUACGAAGAACAUUUAAGAGUUACACACAAACAAUUAUUUAAACAUUAUGAAGGAACAAACUCUACAAAAAAAAGAACCAGCGAGCAAAUUAUAUCAGUAAACACAGAAAAUGUGACAUACACAUGCAGAAUGUGUGGAACUAGGUUUUCUGACAUUAUUGCAUUUAAAAAGCAUGCAAAGAUACAUACUUCAGAUAAGUAUACGUGUAAUGACUGUGGUCAGCAGUAUGAGACUAAUCUUGCUCUAAGUAAUCACAUUUGGGAAAACCACAGUUAA